AUGCUAGUCGGGGAGUUGGAGAAGCUUCAUAAAAGUGUGACAAGUGAGCUCACCGGGUCCAUAAACAGCACUUUGGCUCCUCUUCAAGCCUCGAUCCAAACUCUGACUGAGACCGUCACUUCACACACCGCCACCAUUGACGCCAUGGAGACUGCUCUCUCCUCUCAUUCAGAUGGGAUCACCGCCCUGGAGGAGCAGGUGACCACGCUUCAGUCUGAACUAGAAACAGUAAAACAGGUGAACGAGAAGCUCCAAUUGUCCGUGGAUGACCUGAUUUCUUGCUCCAAAAGAAAUAAUCUCUGCAUUGUCGGGGUCCCGGAGGGGGCGGAGGGCGCUGACACUCGUCUCUUCGUCACCACAAUGCUUAAAAAAGUCAGCGGAGAUGCUCUUCAAGACCUGGACCUGGAACUCGACCGCACUCAUCGCAGUCUGGCCCCAAAGCCACUCCAAGGAUCCCGACCCCUCAUCGUUAGGUUCCACAGGUACAUCCACAGAGAAAAAGUCUUGCAAUGGGCCAAGAAGAACCGCGAUGUAUCAUAUCUGGGGCAGCCAAUCCGGAUCUUUGAAGAUUUCAGCAACACCAUCGCAAAGAAGCGGGCCAGUUUCAACAAGAUCAAGAGCCAGCUCUACAAAGAUGGAAUACGCUUUGGCGUCAUCUAUCCAGCCCGCUUGAGAAUCACCGUGAACGGACAGACGCACUUGUUUGACUCAGCGGAGGAGGCAGAGCGGUUCUACUUGAGGAGCAACAGAGAUGGAGACCUGCUGUUACGGGUGACCGAGGAGCGGACCGAGGAGCGGACCGAGGAGCGGACCGAGGAGCGGACCGAGGAGCGGACCGAGGUGCGGACCGAGGAGCGGACCGAGGUGCGGACCGAGGAGCGGACCGAGAGCCUGUCAGUGACUGUGGUGCAGUCACUGCAGGAGCACUACGCACCGGGACACCACCUGCAGGAGGAAACAGCGCAAAAAGACCGGGACGACGCUCACAAAGCCUCCGAGGAGUCUGCAGGAGACCAGGAGUACGCUUUCAGAGCGAGCGAGGGGUCUGCAGGCGACAAAACGGAAUGGGACCUACUGUACGUCUCCUUCACUGACCGUUACGUCUCCUUCUCUGACCGUUACAUCUCCUUUUCUGACCGUUACGUCUCCUUCUCUGACCGUUACGUCUCCUUCUCUGACCGUUACGUCUCCUUCUCUGACUGUUACGUCUCCUUCACUGUCCGUUACGUCUCCUUUUCUGACCGUUACGUCUCCUUCUCUGACCGUUACGUCUCCUUCACUGUCCGUUACGUCUCCUUUUCUGACCGGUACGUCUCCUUCUUUGACCGUUACGUCUCCUUCACUGACCGUACGUCCCUUCUCUGA